GCAGGCUCAGCCGAGCUAUAAAAAGGAAUGGCAAGGGGGAGGGAGGGCUGCCGUGCAGCAGGAACUGUGCAGACACACACUCACGGGGAUCCAGGGACAGCAGCCCCUUGCACUGGAAUCUAGAGCCACAGCACGAAGAGAGAGUCGAAGGAAAGUCCUCACAUAACGCAACACAAUGGCAGACAAAAUUAAAGAUGCCAAGAUCAUCUUUGUUGUGGGUGGGCCUGGCUCUGGAAAGGGCACCCAGUGUGAGAAGAUAGUGGUAAAGUACGGCUACACCCACCUGUCGUCUGGCGAUCUGCUCCGUGCUGAGGUGGCUUCUGGCUCUGAGAGGGGCAAGCAGCUCCAGGCCAUCAUGCAGAAGGGAGAGCUUGUGCCCCUUGACACAGUUUUGGACAUGAUCAAGGACGCCAUGAUCGCCAAGGCUGACGUCUCCAAGGGCUUCCUUAUCGAUGGCUACCCCCGUGAGGUGAAACAGGGCGAGGAGUUUGAGAAGAAGAUCGGAAAACCCUGCCUGCUGCUGUACGUCGACGCCAAAGCAGAGACGAUGGUCAAGAGGCUCAUGAAGCGCGGCGAGACCAGCGGCCGCUCUGACGACAAUGAGGAGACCAUCAAGAAGCGUCUGGACCUGUACUACAAAGCGACAGAGCCCGUUAUUGCCUUUUACGAGGGCCGCGGUAUCGUGAGGAAGGUUGACUCUGAGCUGCCAGUGGACGACGUCUUCGGCCAAGUGUCAAAGGCUAUUGAUGCACUGAAGUAAAACAACGUGACUAGAUGAGCUGUGUCUGGAUGUUGUUUUAUUCUUUUUAUUCUCACUGUGUCAAAACCAUGAGGACAAAACAUGAACAACAACAAGAGUAACACAACAGAGGGGUGAAAAGAUGCCUUAACUCCACUUCUACUCCAGCAAUAACAAUCUACAACUUUAAAUUACACAACAAUGAUUCCGCUCAAAGGUGCAUUUAGAAAAUCCAUUUGUUUUUUUCAUAAAAGUUGUGACGUCUCGUGCACAGGAGGUCAAACGUCUCCUGACCUUUAAGUUGCUCUUUGUGGAGCAAACACGCAGUUUUUUUCCUGUCUUCUCUCGUCGAGAGUCAAGAGAUCAUGGGAAAAUAACUGUGAUUAUCCCGUUGAGCAUUGGCAGCCACUGUGGAUGACAUGAAUUUCUACUGACCCAGUAUUUAAAGCGCAUAAACAUUGUAGUUUUUCAUGAAGAUGUACAUGUGUAACUAUAAAGUGGUGUAUGUAAAAGAAGAAAAUUAAAAUAUAGGAAGAACACGU